UUUACUGUCACUCAGUGGUCAUAUUGUUGUGAUUAUGAUUUUUUUUUAAUAAUUAAAAAUAUACAUCCAGAAAAUAAAUAAUACAUUGAUUGUGAUAUUUGCUAAUCAGUUGAACUUUGACCAUUAUUUCUUGGUAAAAAAAAAUAAAUAAAAAAAUUAAUAUGACAUUUUAAAUAAUAAUGACUAGAUACCUGUAAAGUGACUUUUGUUUUCUCGACUAAAGUGAGCUCAAUUUUUAAUAAUUAAAAUUAAAAAUAAUUAAUUAUUAUUAACAAUGGGUAAUAAAUCAAGUUUAUUAUUACGUGAAGAAGAAAUUUCACAAAUACAAGAAGCAACUGGAUUUACUCCAAAUCAAAUUGAAAGAUUAUAUUCAAGAUUUACAAGCCUUGAUCGUGGUGAUUGUGGAACAUUAAGUCGUGAAGAUUUUUUAAGAAUUCCUGAACUUGCUAUUAAUCCACUUGGUGAAAGAAUUGUUAAUGCUUUCUUUGAUGAAAGUGGAAAUGACAGAGUUAACUUUCUACAAUUUAUGCAAGUUCUUGCACUCUUUAGACCGAUCAAAAAAAAUAGUACAAAUAGACUUAAUUCAAGAAAGGAAAAGUUAAAAUUUGCAUUUAAAAUGUAUGAUUUGGAUAAUGAUGACAUGAUAUCAAAAGAUGAAUUGCUGGCAAUUUUACACAUGAUGGUUGGAGCCAACAUCAGUGAAGAACAACUAACGAGUAUUGUUGAACGAACAAUUUUAGAAGCUGAUGAAAAUGGUGACAAUAUGAUAUCGUUUGAUGAAUUUUGUAAAGUUCUUGAUAGAACAGAUGUCGAACAAAAAAUGUCAAUAAGAUUCCUCAGUUAAUCACAAUUAAAACAACAAAAUUACUGGCUUUUUUUUUUUAAAUAUUAGAUUAAUUAUUGUAAAUAGAAAUUUGAUGUUUAUAUAUUAUUUUUUUAAAUGGUAAACUCUUGUCAAUUUUUGUCUAUUAAAUAGAUUAUUAAUUGACUCAAAUGGUUGUACAUUAUAUUUAUCAACAAUUAAUAAUUAUUAUUUUAUUGUCAAAAUAAAUAUGUACUUAGAUUAAAUGCUAAUUGAAAAAAGGGAAAAAUAAAAUUUAUUAAUUAUCAAUGAAAA